AUGUUAUUAUACGGAAUUGGAUUCUUAUUGCUUGUAUUUACAGUUCAAUUAUCAAAAUCCUUUAGUAUUCCCCUGGAGAAACCAAACAAUAUUUCGGAAGUUCCGAUUUGCCACGGUAGAACUUACUGCGAACAUACAACGUAUUAUCCAACUGGUGCCGUGUUAGAGGAAUUGGAGAGAAAUCCUCAUCUUCGAGAUUAUGCGAACACGGACGAGAUGGUGUUUUCGGAAUCCAGCAGUGAACUGGACGAAGAACCACUUUGCGUUUCUAUGGAACAAAUCAUAUUCCCUAAAUCGGGUAUAACGAAGGGCUUGGAGUGGAAGUACAUAGUGAACCACGAAACAUUAACGCAAAGCGUACACGUCGAGACAUGUCUAGAAGAGAAUAAAUCAUGCAGAGUAAUCGAAGGCUUCGCUGAGGGGUACUACACGGAAUGUAAACAAAAAUACAUAUAUCGUCAGUUGUUGGCAUUAAAAGAAGAUGGCUCGAUAAGUCCCGAAUACUUUCAAUUUCCGGCAAGCUGUUGUUGUCACAUAAAAUUUUUAGCUGAUAAAUUCUUGCUUUCCUUUAAAUCCAAUAAUUAAUGUAUAUCGAUUCUAUUGAUAUGAAAUAGCUUAAUAAACAAAGCUGUUUAUU